AUGGCCAUACUGAGUACCAGCAAGUUAGGUGAGAUCCACGGGCGAGAAGGAGAUGGGGUAACCCAAUAUCUCGGCAUUCAAUAUGCAACCCUGAAGAAUCGUUUUGCCGAUGCCGAAUUGAUUGAAGAUCGCAAGGGUGGUGUCUUGGAUGCAACCAAUGAUGGGCUGUUAGCAUUGUCUCUGCCAAUUGGAUGCGACAUUGAACUCGGGCAUGUCCAGCACACCUUGCCCAAGAAGGAGCUUCACCAGUCCGACGUCGACUGUCUCAAUCUGAACAUUGCCGUGCCGUCCAAUGCGACUCCGGAAUCAAAGCUCCCAGUGCUAUUCUUUAUCCACGGUGGUGGUUUGUUCAUUGGUGGAAACUCAUGGCCCCAGUAUGAUCUUACUCGGCUAGUCAAGUUGUCAAUUGAGAGGAAGUUGCCUAUGGUUGUGGUGACAGUGAACUAUCGCCUGGGUGCUCCGGGAUUCUUGACAUCCGAAGAGCUACGUCAGGCGGGAUACCGCUCUAACAAUGGUCUUCGCGACCAACGUGUUGCGCUUGAAUGGGUACAAAAGCACAUUCGUGAUUUUGGUGGUGACCCAGAUAAUGUGACUGCAGCGGGUCAGAGUGCUGGAGGAGCAUCUGUGACCUACCACCUCCACUCACAGAAACCACUGUUCAAGAGAGCCAUUUCCAUGGCUGGCACAUCGCUACUUUUGCAUGCACUGCCCAACAUAGCCCACGAGGAGAACUAUGAGAAAGCAAUGGCUGCUCUGGGACUUUCCGACGCGCCGCCUGAAGAGAGGGUGAAGACUCUUCUCGAGAUGCCGGGAGAGGAGCUUGUAGCUCAGCUUCCGCCGGGUAUUGCGUUCGCACCUGCUCUUGAUGGCGAUCUGAUUCUACCUGGUACCACAUACACCGAAAUUAGAAAGCCUGGCUCCAGUUUCCUUCCUGGCAAAGAAUGGUGCCAGGAUUUAUUGAUUGGCAAUAAUGAAAUUGACGCAAGUAUCUUAGAUUUCCUUGCGCCACAGAUCAAAACGCAGACCACCAAGAAAUUCAUUGCUGCAAUUCACAAGGUUCUCGCGUUACACCCAGCAGUGGGUCAGCGCAUUUUGGGGGCAUAUGAGAUCACCGAGGACACACCCGACGCGAAAGCGUUCACAUCUGUUCUGGCCUAUGCCAACGAUAUAUCUUUCAACGCACCUGCAUUGUCCUACGCCCUUGGUUGGCCAGGGGAUGCCUAUGUGUACUAUUUCAACGAGGGUAAUCCCUGGGAUGGACCUUGGAAAGGGCGCGCCAAUCACAUCCUUGACGUGAUUUUUUUCUUCCAGAACUUCAAUGACUUUAUGAGUGCUGAGCAAGCCGCGGUCAGCACUGCAUUUGCAGAAGAUAUUUUCAAAUUCUGUCACGGUGUGGCGCCAUGGCCAGCCACGUCUAGUCAAAUUGACGACGGGUCCCCAGCCCGCAUUUAUGGUCCUACUGAACGAGGCACUACUACUAGCGUAUCGCAACAAUUACUCGGAGGCGAUACCCUCCGCAGGCGAAUUCUCUUCGAUUGUACCUCGGAAGUAUCCCUGGACGACUUGGCAAAGGUGCUUGGAGAGCUGAUGUCUAGCUAA